AUGCUCUCGCGGAUUGACCGCGUGGAGCUGUACAACUUCAAGAGCUACGCCGGGCAUGUGACGAUUGGACCUCUGAAGGACUUCACGUGCAUUGUCGGGCCCAACGGCUCGGGUAAGUCCAACCUCAUGGACGCGCUGUGCUUUGUGCUGAGCGCCAACCCCGUGGCAAUGCUGCGCGGGCGCGACGCGACGGACUUGAUCUACCGUGGCGCGCAGAAGAAGGAGUGUGCCGUCACCGUCGUUUUCCGCCACACCACACCCGCGCAGAGCCACGACGGUGCCGCCGCGAAUGGCAACAGCAGUCACCACACUAGCAACAAUUAUUCCGCCGGUAGGAACGGUGGUGGGAGCGGCGGUGCCGAGACGUCCUUCACGCGGGCGGUAGACACCAAGGGGCGCAUCAUUCACAAAAUAGACGGAAGUCCUGUGGACGAGCGGAGCUUCUUUGCGGCACUGGAGAAGUUCAAGGUCGGCGCCCGCGUUAACAACUUCUUGGUGUUUCAGCACGAGGUGGAGGCCGUGGCGCAGAAGAAGGCGCGGGAGCUGACGGAGCUGCUCGAGCAAAUCAGCGGCAGCAGCGAGCUGAAGGAGGAGUACAACCGCUGCAAGAAGGCUCACGAGAUGGCAAACAACGAACUCACAACCGCGUCUCUGGCGAAGCGUGGCGCUGUUGUGGCCCUUAAUCAAAUGCGGCUUCACAAGAAGGAGGCUGAGAAGUAUGAAGAGGUGCUGAAGCGCAUUAGCGAGGAGAAAUGCAACGAGGCACUCGUGGAGCUCUUCUACGUCGAGUCCAACCUGGAGAAACAGAAGGAGGAGCUGAACGCUUUUACAGAGAAAUUAAAUGCGCUUGAGCGAAGCAUUGCUUCAGAUGAGGAGAUACGCAAGAUGAAGCGUGAGUACGCUGAGAAGCACAAGUCGUACUUAGAAGAGCUGAAGAGGAACCGCAAGGAAGCUGACACCCUACGUGAUAAGCACACUACACUGGAACGUAUCAAAAUAUCCUUGACACAUUUGAACCGUAAGCGUGAGGUGCAGCAGUAUGAGCUGGACAGCGUUAUGAAGACACAGAAGGUUCAAUCAGGGGAGACACAGCGCCUGAAUGAGCAGCUGCAGCAGCAGAAGGCACUGCUGGCCGCGUUUGAAGAGCGGUGCAGGAAGGAAGACAAGGGACACACUACGCUGAGUGGCACGCUAAGCACGGAACAGCUAUCGGAGUACCGUCAACUCCGAAAGGAGGCAGAAUGCGAAACUGUGGUGUUGCGGCAGCAGCUGGAGCGUGUAAAGCGUGAGCAGCAAUCACUCAUUGAGGGGCAGAAGCAGUGCGUGCUGGCAGUCGAGAAUGUCAAGUCACAGAAGCAGGAACUCGUGCAAGGUGUACAACGUGGUAAUGAUCGUGCCACUGAAUUGGAGCAUCGAAAGCAAGAACUUCACGACACGAUUGAAGAACUCUCACGCGGCAUUAACCAAAAACGUGCGGACCUUGUUCAGGCAGAGAAGAAAAAUAAAGAGCGUGACGCAGAGCUUGCCAAGAUACAGGAGCAACUGCAUGAGCUCCGCUUUAUUAAAGAGAAUGACAAACACGGCACACGAAUGGCAGCGGCCUUGCAGGCUCUGCGCUCCCUCCACGGCAUUCGUGGGCGUCUUGUCGACCUCUGCACGAUUCCCAACGACAAGUACCGCAAUGCGGUGACCGUGGCGCUGGGUAAGAACCUUGAGGCUGUUGUCGUCGAUACCACCGAGGCAGCGAUUAGCUGCGUGCGGUACCUAAAGGAGCACCGCCUGCCGCCCAUGACGUUCCUUCCGCUGGAUUCCGUCCAGGGAAAGCGAGUAAACGACCGACUUCGGACAUUCGGCGGUACCUGCAAGCCUGUCGUGGAUGUGAUCCGCUAUGACAUGGCGAUUGAACCUGCGGUGCAGUACGCCCUGGGACAGACGCUUGUGUGCGAUGCCAUGACAGAGGCGAGACACGUCGCGUACGGUCGCGAGGACGGUGAGCGCUUCAAAGUGGUGACUGUUGACGGCUCUGUGCUAAUGAAGAACGGUGCGGUGCAAGGUGGUCUUGCGUCGAUUCAGUCGCGUGCGCGCAAGUGGGACGAGAAGAAGUACGAUGAUCUGCGCGUGGCUCGGGACAGACUGCUGAACGACGCCACUGGUGGGUCCGAGGCGGAGAUGGCACGCAUGCAUUGCGAACUGCGCGACAUGGAGGCGCGGUUGGAGUUCGCGCGCGGUCGCAUCAAGGCGGUCGAGGCAGAGGCACAGGCGACCACGCAGAAGGUGGCAAACAUGCAACGCGAGACGGCGAGGCAGGAGGCGGAGGAGCGCACCAUCGCCGAGCGCCGCGCUGCGUACGAGGCGGAGCUGGAAAAGUGUCAGCAGGAACUGCGCAAGACACGUAAGUCCAUCGUGGAGGUGGAGGAGCGCAUCUUCACGGAGUUCCAGAAGCGUGUGAAGAUUCCCAAUCUGGUGGAAAUGGAGAGCAGCGAGGCACAACGCGUGAAGGAGCGUGCUGAGCAGCGGCAGCAGAUGCAGCUGCUCAUCCACAGGCUCGAGAUAUCACUUGAGGCGGAGCAGAAGCGUAUCAGUGGGCGCCCCAUUGAUGACUUGCGAAGUGCGUGUGCUCGGUUGGAGAAGGAGAUCCAGCAAUGUGAGCGUGACCUGGCUGUUUACAGCGACGUAGUUAAGGCCACUGAGAAGAAGCAGGCUGAGGCAAAGGUGUGUGUUAGUGGGGCGAAGGAGGAGCUCGAUCGCCUCGAGGCAAACAUUCGUCGACAGAGCCGUACCUCUGAGCAAGAGCUUGGAAAGUUGGGGCAGGCUCGUCGAGGUGUCACUGCCCUCCAGGCCGCCUGCGACACACUGCGGUUGCAGCGCAUGAACAUUGUGCGUCGCUGCCAGAUGGAGGAGAUUGCACUGCCACUGAAACCCUCUGAGAUGAGCGGCACCAAGCGAUUACGCACAACUGAGGGCGGGGCUCUGAGUGCGAGCGAGCCGUUUGCGCUAUUGGAAGAAGCCUCUAGUGCGGUGCCAACAGGACCGCAGCAGCAGCAACCCUCUCGUGCCCGCCAGUCUGCACCGCCGGCAAAGGAGGCGAAUGUGAUAGUGGACUUCAGUAACCUUUCAGAGAGUCUGCGGCAGUCGGCAUCAGACAAGGCGCGCCUAGCCGCGUACAAGCAGAGCGCGGAGGCCUUGUUGGAAUCCCUACAGCGUGCAGCAGAGUCGCUGGCGCCCAACUUGAAGGCCGUGGCGCGUUUUGUGGACUCUGAGGACAAGUUGGGUACUUCCUCCGCCCUACUUGAGGCGGCGCGCGAGAAAGCCCACAAGGCGUACGCAGAAUUUACGAGACUCAAGGAGCUCCGCACGCAGCGAUUCAUGGAGACGUUUGACAAGAUUGCGGAGCACGUGGACCGCGUGUACCGCGCCCUUACUCUGAGCACACGCGCACACGCGGUGCACGGCUCCGCAUACCUGAGUCUCGAGGACGCCGAGGAGCCUUACUUGGCGGGGACGCGGUACCACGCAACGCCACCCAUGAAGCGCUACAUGCCGAUGGAGCUGCUUUCNGAGGACGCCGAGGAGCCUUACUUGGCGGGGACGCGGUACCACGCAACGCCACCCAUGAAGCGCUACAUGCCGAUGGAGCUGCUUUCCGGCGGGGAGCGCACAAUGGCGGCCCUUGCACUGCUGUUUGCUGUGCACGCCGUGUCGCCAACGCCGUUCUUUGUUUUGGACGAAGUGGACGCUGCGUUGGAUGCCGGCAAUGUGGAGAAGUUAGCCAACUACAUGCGGAAGAACUGCAGCACGACGCAGUUCCUUGUCAUCUCGCUGAAGGACCAGCUGUACCACGUGGCUGAUCUGCUGGUUGGGGUGCUGAAGGACAAGGAAAAAGAGAGCUCUUCCGUGCUGACGAUGGAUCUCCGUGGCUACCCCUUUUAA